AUGAAUGCCUCGAGGAACCCCAGGAAUGUCACGCAAGGCGCGCCUCCCUCCAUUCCUGAGGUAGGACGGUUGCCUGCCUGUCUGGUGCACCUCUCUAAUAAUAAUAAAAUAAUAAUAGAUAUAGAACAGUCAUGGAACAACGUACACAUCAUCCAUUUGAGACAAGGAACAUCGAUCAGCUUGAAAGUGGCAGUAUUAUCGAUUAUAUCGUUCUUGAUACUAGAAAGAGAGAAAAAUAGGAAAGAGCUGCUAAUCACUUCGCAAUAUUAUACAUCCAAGAUAUUAAUCACUUAUAUCGAAUAUUACAAGACAGGAGCAAUCUGUGAUGAGAUUGGCCGUGGAACUCGGGAGCCCGAUACAUCGGUGGCAUCUCAGCCAGCUCCUCGAGUAGUACCUGUCCAGAGUUGCCUAGUAUUAGGGCCCUCCACAUGUAAUAAUAUUAAUAAUAACUUAUCGAAUAUUCACAGACUAACUAGUAUGUACUUAUAAAUAAGCAUGGUAAUGAUAACCGAAGGAGUAUAAUGCACGUUCGUAAAUUAGGGCAACAUGAAGAUAAUCACGACAAAGAUAACGUCAAUCAUAUCAAGCAUGCAAUAAAUGGGUUACUUAUGGGAACAAGAGUAUUUUGGGUAUUGUUUUUUCGCCACUCACACUCUAUCUAUGACUCUGGGGUAAAAAAGUGGUGAUACAAAUUUUCAUUAUGUUGUGUUGAUCAAGCAGUUAUUGCUCAUCUCAAUCUUAGUAGUUUAUCGCUAUCCCAUUUGCGAACUGUGCUGACUGAAGUCCCGGUUGAUUUAAAGGCCUAAAAAGGGGAUCUCACUCAACCAGGGAUAGUGAGCGGCUACUUUCAAGAUAAGUAACUACUUCUUAAGUUUUAGACCACCGCGCCAUAAUCAUGAUGAGUAUGACUAGUAAAGUAGGCAGAACAACUACAUGUGGCAUCUUCCUCCUGCUUAGGCAAUCGAACUCGGAAGAGUGUCUUCGAUUCAUCUACAAGUACUAUUUUCGAUACAGGGAUGAUGUAGAGGAUCUUACUAGUUUAUAGUACAUCAGCUCUAAUCAGUACCUUGUAGCUCCUAUCCCAAGUCGUGCCUUCGCUACGGAGACGAGGGAGAUGUUUUUAGUAUUUAGUUUUACCUCCACUUGAACUUGAUGUAAGUAGCUUGAUCAAGCAGACGAAAUUUUUAGAUGACUGCAAUGAAGCAACGAAGAGGAACUUCCUAGGACACGUAUAGUCAUGAACAAGCUGACUAGAAGAAGCUGACUAGAACGCCUUACAACUCUCAACUUAGUUAGUACAACGAUGAAUGUACUACAGAAGUUCUUCACAGUUCUUCACGUUGUACAUAGACAACGAUGAAUGUACAGUUCUUCACGUUGUAUAUAGACGACGAUGAAUGUACAGUUCUUCACGUUGUACAGCAUAGAUUGACUAUUGCACCAACUAAUUAGUGCACCAAGACAGAGAGGACAGAACAACAGCAACUACUCAGGGACUAGUAGUAUAGCCGUAAGCGCUCACCGAGUGGUCGCAAGUGAGCAAGCGCUUACCUUUCGUGUCCUACCGAUUAUUCGAAAACUGAAAAUAUGCGAGUUAGUGAUUGCAAUAGGAGAGCUAGCUUUGCAAGGCUGCUGCUCUCAUUUCAGUACAACUAUCUUCUGCGCUAUUAAUCUAGAGUCAACAUUUACUUGCUUAUUUCAGUUUAUCGAAUAUAAUUCAGAUCGUUCUUCUUGCAAAUUGUAAGAGAUCAUGAUACGCGACAGCCUGAAAAAUUCGUGCGACGUUGUAGGGGUCAUCUAAUG